UUGCAGGAUCCAACUGAUCGGUUAGGCUGCUCACCGAAUUCAAACUUUGCUGAUAUCCAAAAUCAGCCUUUCUUCUCCUCCAUUGAUUGGGUAGCAUUAGAGCAGAAGCGCGUUCCUCCUCCCUUCAGACCUGAGGAGACGGAUGAAUUCAGCCUCAUCCACUUUGAUCCCACCUUCACGAAUGAGGAAGUCUGUUUCACGCCAGAUGAUCCUGAGAUUAUUCGGGCAAUCGACCAAUCAGAAUUCGAUGGAUUUGAAUAUCUAAAUCCCCUCUUGAUCAAAACGGCAGAAACUGUUUGA